AUGGGCGACCCCUCUCGGUGGGCGACUGUUGCUCCCCCCGACCACAUUGACACAUGUUGCGUGUGCGAGGUUCUCGAUCCAAAUCAUCAAAACGUCUUUGCGACUGCCAUGUCAAACCUGCUCUCCACAGAAAUCGCAGAACGAACAUUCGCGCAGAUAAUCGACGGCCUCCCACUCAAAGACGUCGCUUUCAGCAUGCGGACGCAUGAGUACACUCGAUACGACCCUGUCUUUUCCCAUGUCGAGCUGUGUCCUGGCGUUCUCGAACGGACCAGGAUGCUCAGAGAUGCUUUCGACCCAAAAGCCAUGGAAUUGAGAACAGAUGUUCUUCAGAGAUACCAGGAGGUCCCAGCUGGAUCACGGGCGUCCAAACUCCCUCUGCUAGAGCUCGUAGCUGUCGCCGUCCACACCAUCGCAGCGGAGCUUUUUGGGCUCGACGGUGCUUUUCACAAGAGAGACACCCCCUGCACCAGUCACAGGGGGGACGAGGGAGAUGACAUCAGUCGAAUCCCACCCUGGCCAACCACCUUCGCCGUGGUAGGAUUCACAGACACGAACCGGUUUCCCGCAGGAAUCGCCGAUGUCGCAGGCUAUUGGGCCGAGGACAUCAUCUUCGGCGGAGUUGUUUUAUUCGGCAGAGGAGAAAGCGGUACCGGCCACGAGGGAGUUUGGUUCAACUCCCACCGCCGCGACGUGACAUAUCGCAUUUACGCUCUUACUUCCGACCAACUCGAUUCCCUCCUGCAAUUUCUGGAGUGGGUGCCGAAUGCUCUUACGGGGGGUCAGGAACAACAGCCAGAAUGCCCCCUUCCGAUCCUAGGAGAUGAUAACAACUUGACCCGGAUCCAGCCUGACGUUGCAAUUCCCAUGCAUAAUGUAUUCCGGGACCGCUGGGAACGAAAGGCUGUGUGGAGGGACUAUUCGCAUUACUGCAUGGGUUCCAGGCGCUGUGUAAAGACGGCACUGGACUUCCCGGAGGUCAAGAAUACGCUGCCAGGGGCAGGUAGACGAAGGCCAGAGCACCAGGGAAAACCGCUGACAUUUGGAGAUUUCUUGAAGAAACGACAAGAUGGAAAAGGCUCUGGCCCUCAGCCUGGUACAUAG